AUGUCAAGCAAUAACGAUAAUGAAGAAAUUCCUAUUAUUGACUUUUCAAUAGAAUGUUCGAAAAAAAUAAAAUAUGCUUGUGAAUAUAUUGGAUUUUGUUAUUUAAAAAAUCAUGGAAUUUCCAAUGAAUUCAUUAAUGAAAUGUUUUCAAUUGCAAAAGAAUUUUUCAUUGGAAUAUCCAGAGAGGAAAAAUUAAAAUAUAUUAUGAAUGACGAAUAUUUUGGUUUUGUUGAUUUAAAGCAAGAAGUACUUGAUCCUCCUCAUCAAAAAAUUGGAGAUUAUAAAGAAUGUUUUAAUUUUGGAAAAUUUCAAAAUGGAAAACCCAUUUCACAAGAAUUACCAAAAUAUUUCGAAGAGAAAAGUAAAUUUAUCGAAUCAUUUGAAAAAGCUUGUCAUGAUUUAUGUAUGAAAGUAUUACAAUCAUUGGCAAUCUCAUUAAAGAUUGAAGAUAACGAAGAAGGAGAAGGAAAAAAUUGGUUUUCUAAAAGACAUGGGUAUGGAAUGAAAUCUGGUGAUAAUUUUAGAAUAUUACAUUAUCCUCCUAUUACGAUUGAAGAAGGUAAAGUGUCGGAAGACAUUAAUUAUAAUCAAGAUAUUCGAGCGGGAAGCCAUACAGAUUACGGAUCCAUAACAUUAUUAUUUCAAAAAGAAAUAGGAGGAUUAGAAAUUCAGCAUCCAUAUACAAAAAAAUGGAUACAAGUCCCUGUUGUUCCUAAUGCAAUUUUAAUUAAUAUCGGAGAUUUAAUGGAAUUUUGGACAAAAGGUUUAUUUAAGUCAACUAAACAUCGUGUUAUAUUUAAUAAAGAAAAUAUGAAUUUGCAUAGAUAUAGUAUUGCUUAUUUUUGCCAUGCUGGUAGAGAUGUUGGUUUAGAUCCUAUUCCUAGUGAAUUCAUCAUCGGAAGAGAAAGGGAAGGGGAAGGAUUAGAUGAGAGUAAAGAGAGUAAAGAGAGAAAACGGAUUACUGCUGGUGAACACUUGCGUUUAAAACAAGAAAAUACUUAUAAACCAAUUAUUAUUAACUGCUCCAAUUGA